AAAUGUUUGAGUGAUGUUGAGUUCUUUAUCACGGUCUGAAAGGAUUUGUUGGAAAGAUAUGUUUGGAUAGUAUGUAUGAUGUACAGUGGGAAUUGGUAGGUUACAAGUUUAUAUAAUUAUCCAUUAUGCCAUAUUAUGUCGAAUACUUUUUCGUGCAUCCUGCAGUGAUGUAGUCAGUAAAUCUGAUAAAUCUAACUGGACUACAGUGGAAUGGUGAGUUCUCACUCCGAACUGAACUAAAAAGAAAUACCCUAAGAGAAAGCUAGUUAAUGCGACAAAAUAUCUACAAGUCCAGUAAAUCCAAAAGAAAACAAAUAUAUUAAGACUUCGAUUACACGUAGUUGUACUAGCAGUUACUAAUAGCCAAAAACAUAUUGUAAUUGAAAGCCUCAAUAAUAACGGAAAGGAGAAAAUGCAAUUAAUAAGCAUGGUUACAAUUAUUUCAAUGGAAUAUGUAAUUAAUUGCCGUAUAAAUUCAUUGUCAUGACAACUAUCACAUAAAUACUCAAAACAAAAUAAAUAGUCAUUGCCUCAAACCUCAUGCUGUUGCAAAUGAAGUGGUAAAAUUAAGAAAAAAAAUUCACUACAAGAAAAUUUUUAGGGUAUGUGUUGUCUGUGAAAAUAUGAUCACAUAUCCUCAGCCUCACUCAUCUUGGUAUUGAAGAUCAGUGAUUGAAGAGCUUCACGGUUUUUAGUCGGUGUUCUACAGUUGUUCAGUGUCGCUUCGAUUUAGCAAGGUUCUUCUAAAAGGCCAUAAGUAUCAUGUCUUUUGCAGUGUGGAGAGCUUUAUUGUACAAAAGCUACUCCAUCUAUUCCAAGAAAAAUUUCCUGUCGGUUAUUUUCGAAAUCAUCACCCCCUGCCUUUUCCUCAUUCUCUUCAUUGAAAUGGGAAUCUUGAUGUCACAAUAUUCACCGAAACCGAAAAAUACAAAGGAGGAAAAUACACAAAAUGGAUUGCAGACUAUGGAUUUACGUCUUGACCAGCUGAAUAACUUUACAAAAUAUGAGGUCAAGAGUAUGAAUAUAAAUCAACACGAUGGCAAGUUUACUAAACCUAAGUUUCAAGAUCCAAACAUUUUGAUGGAGGAGAGAUAUAAUGAUAUGAAGAAGGAGAAAUAUGACGAUGGAGGAGAAGUUAAUAAAAUCAUUGAAGUACCUGUCGAAGAUGAAUCUGAAAUGAUGCGUGAAAAAUGGAAAAUGUAUUGUGGUAUUAUCAUCUUGCUAAGUUUUUUGAUGCUUUGGAGUAAAGCUGGAGUUCUAUCACAGGCUGAAAGGAUGUCAGGAACUGUGGAAAGAAUGAGGAUCUAUGGAGUUAGUGAUUGGACUAUAAUAUUCAGCUAUGUCGUGCAUACUGGUAUCAAGCUAUUGAUAUCUUCUCUGUUAUUUUCAAUAUUGUUAAAAAUGCGAUUGGGAGGCCCGCCACUUAUAGAAAAUAUAGAUUUAUUUUCACUUUUUGUGGCAUUAUUUCUAUUGAAUAUUCAUUGCACAGUUUACUUUCUUGUUGUGGGAUCUUUUGUAAAUAGUACCAUUCUCCGUAGCAUUAUUGAAUCAGUAUCCUUUGUCUAUCUUUACUUCUGGGCUUUCAAGCAACAUUUUUCUGUUACUGCUCAGUAUUUUGCUAAUAUUUUGGCACCAUUUUGUCUAGCUACCACAUCAUCAUUAGCAUGUGGUUUGGAAGAAAGUGGCGGAGUUACAUUAAAGAGUCUAAUAUCAACUACCGACUAUAACGAUAUCCCACUCCUGGUUAUUUCUCUUCUGGUGAUCUUCGGUUCAGCUGUUGCAUUACUAAUAUUUUUUUACUUUCUAAACAUUAAUCCUGGGCCUUAUGGGAGUGCUAGGCCCUUUUAUUUUAUACUGCCAAAAUGUCUCCACAUUUACUUUAGACCAGAAUACUAUAAAGGUGAUAAAAGAAAAAAUGAGAAGUUUAGGAAAGGUCUUUAUGAACAAACUCCUCCGAAUAUUGAUGUUGGAAUAAAAAUUGAAAACCUGUACAAAAAGUAUGGAAAUCUUACAUCAGUAAAAAACUUGUCAUUAAAUAUAUAUUCGGGACAAAUUACUGCCAUUCUUGGCCACAAUGGAGCUGGAAAAACUACCACUCUUUCCAUUUUGUCAGGUAUGUUGUCACCUACUUCAGGAUCAGCUUUCUAUCAAGGUUAUGAUAUAUUCACAAAUAUAAGAAAGUUUCGGAAAGAUAUUGGGCUAUGCCCUCAAAAUAAUUUAUUCCAUCCAAACCUUAAAGUUAUCAAUCAGCUCAUAUUUUUUGGAAUGCUUGGUGGAUUGUCCAUGAAAGAAGCAAAACAUAGUGCCAAUGAUCUUUUGAAAGUUGUGGGAAUAUUUGAAAAAAAAAAUGUUGCAGUAACUAAAUUGUCUGGUGGUAUGCAACGGAAAUUAUGCAUUGCCCUCUCCCUUGUUGGAAGUCCAAAGGUGGUAAUUCUUGACGAACCUUCCUCUGGUGUAGAUCCUGAGUCAAGAAGGGAAAUUUGGAAUAUACUUUUGCAUUCAAGAGAAAAUAGAAUUUUGCUCCUCACAACUCACUUCAUGGAAGAAGCAGAUGUAUUGGGCGAUCAGAUAGCAAUUAUGAAUCAUGGGGAGAUCGUAUGUUAUGGUUCCCCUAUGUUUUUGAAGAAGCAUUAUGGGGCGGGAUAUAACAUUUUAGUAUCUUGUAGCCAUGAAAAACACAAGGAAAUAACUAAAACUAUUACUGCUGAAAUACCUGAUGCUACAAUUAUUGGUGAAAAUCAAGAAGGGAUAAAAUUUAAACUACCCUUUAAUGAAACUAAACAUUUUCCAGUGUUAUUCAAGCAAUUAGAAACUAAUAAUACAUCUAUAAUUGCAAUCAACUGCACAACAAUGGAGGAUGUUUAUUUAAAAGUUGAGGCAGAAGAAGGUGGAGAAAUACCAGCUGCAUCGGGAUCACCUUUUCUUCAAGUUAAAUGUACAUGUGAAGAAGGAAAGCUAAGGGCAUAUUUCUACAGAUUUUUGGAAUUGGUGAAGAAAAAUAUGAUCUGUAGUUUAGCAAUUUGGUUUAAAACAUUUAUUGUGAUUGUUAUAUCGCCUCCAGUGAUCACAUACAUUGUAAUGGACUGGGUUAAUACUGAUGUUAAUAAAUUAAAUAAGUUUAUUAACGCAGAAGAGGGUUUUUCUGAUUCUGUUUCUGAUUAUAAUCCCUGUCUUCCAGACCCAACUCUUUUCUUGAGGUUUCGCGUGUUCUCAACGUUUCUUGCCUACGCCAUUUUCAUUGUUUCAUCAACUUUUACGAACUUUGUCCACAAAGAGAGAAUAUCUACCAUCAAACAUCUUAUGCUUAUGACUGGGGUUUCACCAAUUACUUAUUGGUGUUCUGUCCUCUUAUGGGAUGCUAUAUUAUAUUUGAUUUUUGUAUUAAUUUCUUGGAUAACAUUCCUUAUAUUAGAUUUUGGGAGUCUGUUUGACACAGGCAGUGGCAUUUAUGUUUUAUUCUUGAUAUUAUUUUUAUCUGGUAUAAGUAUGAUUUCAUUAGCCUACUUUGUUUCUCUUUUAUUCAAGACGAUGCGAAUAAUGAUACCAUUCUACAUUUCUGCAAUUCCAGUGUUUGGUGUUAUUUCUCAGUAUGUUAUACCUAUACCAAGCAUCCAUCCGUACAGUCAAAUUCUGAAAUUACAACCCUUCACUGCUUCAUCAAUAGCAAUGGUGGACUUCAUAACAUUGGCAGGAAAUAAAAGAUACUGUAACAUGUGUCCAUCAGAAGAAUGUGCAGAUAUCCUAAAAUCAGAGUAUUUAAAAGAUGAAGACCUUAGGAUUGACUUACUAUUUCUAGCCGUUGAUUUAUUUCUUUUCUUUUCUCUAGUCGUUUUAACAGAUUAUGGCUUGUUCCCUUUCUUGUGGUAUAAGAUUUAUUCUAUUUUUAUUGGAAAUAUUGACAAUACUGGCCUAAAGGAGGUAAACAGUGAUGUUGCCAGAGAGAAGAGCAGGAUAGAUGGUUUAGAAACCACAGAAUCACAACAAGAAAUAAUAGCAAUUGUGGAUGGCCUUGCUAAAAAAUAUUCUCGCUCCAUGGUAGCAGUUGUUGAUGUUACAUUUGCUGUGUCCAAAGGAGAGUGCUUUGGUCUUUUGGGAGUUAAUGGUGCUGGUAAAUCAACUACAUUUAAUAUGUUGACUGGAGUCCUGUAUCCUACAAAAGGAAAUGUUUUCAUAAAAGGCCAUUCCCUUAAAAAGGAGAAAGCUAAGUGUUUGUCAAUGAUUGGGUAUUGUCCACAACAUAAUGCCUUAAUUGAAAGUCUUACAUCAAAACAAAUGUUGACCUUAUUUGCCCGACUGCGUUUGGUUCCUUCACAACAUGUGGACAAUGAAGUAGAAAAAUGGAUAACUCUUUUUGGUCUUGAGGAGUAUAGCGAUGUACCAUCUAAAAACUACAGUGGAGGAAAUAAGAGGAAGCUGAAUGCUGCUCUGGCAUUCAUUGGUGACCCAUCUAUAAUCCUCCUGGAUGAACCUACGAGUGGUGUAGAUCCAUUCAUUCGCAGAAAUUUAUGGAGUGUCAUAGAAGCUUGUGGCAAUUACGACCAAGCCAUUAUUAUUUCAUCUCAUAGUAUGAAUGAAUGUGAAGCUGUAUGUAAAAGACUAACCAUUAUGGCUGCAGGGAAAAUGGAGUGUAUAGGAAAUAUUCAACAUCUAAAAACUUUGUAUGGCACAGGAUAUGUGAUUAAAAUAACCUUAUCAUCUCACACAGAUGAUGAAUUAGCAACAUUAAAGAGCAUCGUAGAAUCUGCAUUUUCACCGCAUUGUGAACUGAAAGAUGAACAUCAGAUACUUCUCCAUUACCAUAUAAAAACAAAUAUUUAUAAAAUAUCGAGCCUAUUUGAAAUUAUGGAACAAAUAAAGGCACAAUCGAACAUAGUGUCUGAUUAUAUAAUCACGGAUUCAAGUUUAGAAGAGGUGUUUUUAUAUUUAGCUAAAAAACAAAAUAAUUAAGCAAGAUAAUUAAUAAUUUGUUAAGAAGUUUUAUUUUUAAAAACUGUUAAAAAGUGUUUUUCAUUGAUUUAUUCAACAUAUGAACUGAAUGUAAAUAAAAGUAUUAA